AUGGAGUUUGAAGAAAAGCUGGCUAAACUUUUACAAGUUUCUGGAUUGUUAGAGUUUUCUAACGAUGCUGUUUUGGAAGAAGAACAUCAAGAAAAUGUCAGUUUACAUGCUAGUGAGAAUACUGAGAUAGAUGAGAUAGAAAUAAAUAUGAUUAGCGGCAAUGAUUUGAUUACAACAAGCAGCGCCCAUCCUACUGAGGAGCAGAGAUUGCAUGAAGAUGAGACAGAAGUGGCUGCAAAAACAGUCGCUUUGGUUGAAUCUGCAAAUAACAUUGAUUAUGGUGACAGUAAUGACAGUACUUCUAUAUUAGUUCUGGCACAAAAUAAUGGGACCAAAGACAGAUUCCUUGGUUUUGAAACGGGGCUUGAAAAUGAUUUUGAAAACGAUGUUGAAAACUAUACAUUAAACCCUGAAACCGGAUUGUUAGAGCCCCCUCCACUUCAUACUGGGAGAGAAGAACAACCUAAUGACGAUGUUGAAAACUAUGUACUGAACCCAGAAACCGAAUUGUUAGAGCCAGAUCCACUUCAAACUGGAAGAGAAGUAUUACAUCAUCUUAUUAACCCUGUGACUGGAGUUUUAGAAGAACUUAAAGAUGUACAGGAAAGUGAAAGUGCCAAUGAUUUAAAAAUCGGAAAAAAGAGGAUACGAAACCCUACAAAGUGGGAGAAAAACAAAAAAAUUAAGAACAAUUUGAAGAAUCAUGAAAUGCGACCCAUUCCAAAAUGCAGGUGCAAACCAUAUAUUAAAAGGGACAGAUUGAAACGAAAAAUACAGCACAAAGAAAAAGACAUACAGGAUGGAAGAGGCAGGCACGCAAAUCAUCCAACUUGUGACAGCAAUACAAUGGAUAAAAUUCAUGAAUUUCUCAAUAAUUUUCCGUCAAGAGAAUCGCAUUAUUCCAGAUCAUCUAAUAAACAUAGGAAAUUUUUAAAUUCCAAUCUUACCAUUGCCUUGUUACACCUUAAAUUUUUGACUGAUUAUCCAGAAAAAACAUACGAAAAUGUUAUAGAAGUUUUCAAUACUGAUUACUGUUACAGCUUCAGACAGCCUUGUAAAUGCAUUUACCAUACUUGCGAAAAACUGAAAGUCAAUACAGAUGCUGCAGAAGCUAAUAACAACGAAGAAGAAAAAACAAGAUUGCAGAAAGAAAAAGAAUUGCACUUAAGAAAGGCAGAAAUAUUUUUGGAAAGAUUGACCAAUACAGAAAAAGAAAAAGAUGCAACGAAAUUGGCACUCUGUAUUGAUUUUCAGAAAAACUUACCGUUACCCGUGACAAAUGUGGGUGACGAAUAUUAUUUACGCCAGUUGUGGAUGCAUAACUUUGGGAUCCAAAGUUUAAAUGAUAAUACAGCUACUAUGUAUUUGUACACCGAAAACUAUGCCUUAAAAGGGCCAAACGAAGUAAUUUCAGCAUUAUCAGAUUUUAUCGAUACAAAUAAAAAGCCUACUCAAAUAAAACUUGAAAUAUAUUGUGAUAACUGUUACGGGCAAAACAAGAAUAAAUAUGUGUUUGCAUUUUUAGAUAACUUGUGUGCCCUCGGCAAAUUCGAAACGGCUUCUAUAUACUUCCCGAUACCCGGGCACUCCAUGAUGCCAAUCGACAGAGAUUUCGCGUUGAUCGAAAGAAAAGAAUAA